AUGGCGUUUUCGCUUCGUAAAAUGCUUUCAAAUAUAACUUAUUUUAAAAAGCCCGAUGGUAGUACAGAUAACUCAGAAAAUCAAGGAUCCAAGAAACGCAGGCACACUUAUGUAUCCGACGAACCUGUUAUGAUUAAUUUUGAGUGUGCAGAGCCAGAUUCGACAUCUCGUCAGUGCACCAGUCUAAACAUACCAGAAUCAGUGAAAAAAUUUGCAGCUAAGAAAGCAUCCUUUUCUGACACAGAUCUCCUUACUUUAAAUGUUGAUAGCCCUGUUAGGCAGAGACGCAAAAGAUGUAAAAAAUUGAAAUUGGAUAUAAAAAAAGCCAGUCAAUCUAUGACUGAACGAUUAAAUCACUCCCGAGAUGGUGAUAGUCCAAACAUUGAAAAUACUCCUAAACAUAUCCUGUUAGAGUGUGUAAGCUCUGACAUAUUCAGUGAGAAGUUAAAGGGAUUUGAUUUCAGUAAAUCAUUUGAUUUCUAUGAUGGUGCAUCUGACGAUCAAUCAUCACCGUUUGAAGAAGAAAACUUUGAUAUAGAAUCUCUAUCAGAUCAUUCGGAUAGUGAUGUUUCUGUUGCUUCCAACAAAAAGAAGCCAAUAAAGAUGUGUCGUAAAGUAGAAGCAAUGGGGAGUGGUUCUAGCAGUGAAGAUAAUUUUGUAGCUUCAGCAACACCAGAAUCCUUCGAUGAUAUUGAAAUUGAGAAAAGUGAAAAAGAGGAAAUGAAAUUACUACAUAAUUAUCAAAUGAAACUUGAAAAGAUUGAAGGUUUCAUCAAAAACAUGCUCAAUGAAUUCCAAUUUCAUAUUGAAGUAUCUAAAAUCUUCAACAGUCGGAUUGAAUCUAAUCUACAGAAAAAGGAUACUGCAAACAUAGCCAAAGAUUGUAGUGUACACAUUUCACAAGUUCAAGGAAUAAGUCCAACGGAGUCUUGGAGUUUUAUAAUGGAAAAAGAAGAUGGAAAAUUAAAAAUCAAAGUGAAAGAGCAACUCGAAUCCAUAAAACAUUCAAUUGAGGAAUUUAUUAAGAUUUAUUUGGAAAAUUAUGAUUUAGGUAGAAGAAAAUGCAGGAAAUAUUUAUCCACUUUUGAUAUCCACAAAGGCCAGCAUUAUGUUCCGAAACGUGUAAACAUGAGUAAUAAAAAGAAAAUUAAACAUUACGACUUCCCAGAUUUAAGAGAAGCCAUGAUUAAUUUAUUCUAUCCAGAUUCUAAGAAUACAUCUAUAAAUAUAUCCACAAGCGAUUCCGAUGACUCCAUGUCAUCUAAAUGCACAUGUCAGUGUCAUCGUCAUACAUCAUCAUUAUCACAUACAGAUUCUGGGCUUACGAACAAAACUAGUGAUGGAUCUAUAUCAAACCAAUCCAUAACAUCUUCUAUUGGCAACUUUAGCUUAGACUCUACAACUUUAACAGCUUUCUCGGAGUCCCUAGACCAAAUUGUUAGCUACAAUAGUUUCCAAGAUACAAGCCUGUAUAAUGUGAUGCAUCAAAAAGCUGCAAUAGAAAGGAUAACAUUCUAUGUGCAAGUCCACAGCAUACAAUUGAAAUGUGAUUCAUCAGAACAAGAUUUUGAGUCUAAAAAUGUUAUUACGUUCCACUGUCCAUCCUGCAAGACAACUGAAAGUGAUGAAAACAGUCUUCUAAAGCACAUUUUAAGCCAAACUCACUGUGAAAAGAUCCAUUUUCAAUACAAGACUGCAUAUAUUAAGAAGUGUGUGUCAGCUGGAAAGGAGAUUCAACCAAGCACAGUUUUAAACCCAAUGAAGAUGUACAGGGAUGACAAUAAAAUUGUCUGCUUUGGAGACGCAAUGUAUGCUUGCUCGUUGUGCUUUGAAAAUUUGAUAAUUGGAGAAUCAGUGCUGAUGGCGCACUGUGUGGAAAAAGAACAUGUAGAGAGGCGUGAAAAACUUAGUGAAUUAUUAGAGUAA